AUGGCCAACACUCCCCACGGCGGUGUCCUCAAGGACCUUCUAGCACGCGAUGCCCCUCGCCAUAACCAGCUGGCUGCCGAGGCCGAGACCCUGCCGUCUCUCCUCCUCAGCGAGCGUCAGCUGUGUGAUCUCGAGCUGCUCCUCACCGGUGGCUUCUCUCCACUCGAGGGCUUCAUGAACGAGAAGGACUACAACGGUGUUGUCAAGUCCAACCGGCUCGCUAAUGGCGCGCUCUUCAGCAUGCCCAUCACGCUCGACGCCAGCCAGGCGACAAUCGACGAGACGGGCAUCAAGACAGGCGCGCGGAUCACGCUGCGCGACCUGCGUGACGACCGCAACCUGGCCAUUCUCACGGUCACGGACGUGUAUCGGCCCGACAAAGCGCUCGAGGCCAAGGAGGUCUUUGGCGGCGACCCGGAACACCCGGCCGUCAAGUACCUGUUCGAGACGGCGGCCGAGUUUUACGUCGGCGGCACGCUCGAGGCAGUCAACCGGCUGCAGCACUACGACUUUGUCGACCUGCGCUACACGCCGGCCGAGCUGCGGUCGCACUUUGACAAGCUCGGCUGGACCCGGGUGGUGGCCUUCCAGACACGCAACCCGAUGCACCGGGCCCAUCGCGAGCUGACGGUGCGGGCAGCUCGAUCGCAGCAUGCCAACGUGCUGAUUCAUCCGGUUGUUGGGCUGACUAAGCCGGGAGAUAUUGACCACUUCACGCGCGUGCGCGUGUACAAGGCGCUGCUGCCGCGCUACCCCAACGGCAUGGCCGUGCUGGGUCUGCUGCCGCUGGCGAUGCGCAUGGGCGGUCCGCGCGAGGCCAUCUGGCACGCCAUUAUCCGGAAGAACCACGGGGCCACGCACUUUAUCGUCGGCCGCGACCACGCCGGACCGGGCAAGAACAGCAAGGGCGUGGACUUUUACGGUCCCUACGACGCCCAGCACGCGGUCGAGCAGUACCGUGACGAGCUCGGCAUCGAGGUCGUGCCCUUCCAGAUGAUGACAUACCUGCCCGACCGCGACGAAUACGCACCCGUCGACGAGGUGCCGCAGGGCGUGCGCACGCUCAACAUCUCGGGCACUGAGCUGCGGUCGCGCCUGCGCAGCGGCCGCGAGAUCCCCGAGUGGUUCUCGUACCCCGAGGUGGUGUCUGUGCUUUUUGAGUCGCAUCCGCCGCGUGCCCGCCAGGGCUUCACCGUCUUCCUGACCGGCUACACCAACAGCGGCAAGGACCAGGUGGCCCGCGCCCUGCAGCUGACCCUCAACCAGCAGGGCGGCCGCUCCGUCUCCAUGCUGCUGGGCGAGACCGUCCGCGGUGAGCUGUCGUCUGAGCUCGGCUUCAGCCGGGAGGAUCGUGCCCGCAAUGUCGGCCGCAUCGCCUUUGUCGCCAGUGAGCUGACCCGCUCCGGUGCCGCUGUCAUUGCCGCCCCCAUCGCCCCGUACGCCGACGCCCGCCAGCACGCCCGCGAGCUGGUCGAGAAGCACGGCGACUUCUACCUCAUCCACGUCGCUACCUCGCUCGAGCACUGCGAGCGCACCGACAAGCGCGGCAUCUACGCCCGCGCCCGUCGUGGCGAGAUCAAGGGCUUCACCGGCGUCGACGACCCGUACGAGAGCCCGGACAAGGUCGACCUGGUCGUCGACCUGGAGAAGCAGUCCGUGCGCGCCGUCGUCCACCAGAUCGUCCUGCUGCUGGAGAGCCAGGGCCUGCUAGACCGGUUUUAG